AUUACUCAUUCACCGCAGUGUUUCCUGUUGCAGUACUGCUUAUCUCAGUUUCUCUGAUUGGGAUGCUAGCCCUAAUCAUGCUUUCAAUGCUACUGAUCCUUGGUAAACUGAUCUACGUGGCGUUACGCAUACUGGUUUCGUUGCUCUCAAAGUUCUUGGCGAAGAAUAUAUAUGGUGGAAAGUUGAUGGAUGAGUAUGCCCGGAAGGUUAUAUAUUUAAUAUGUCAGCCAGUAUCAAAAUUAGAUCAGAACGAUUUUGUGCAAUGUCAAGCAGUGGAAGCAAUCUUCCAGGCUAUCAAGAAUGGCAUCCCAAACAUUGUGAUGGAAAUUACAAGAGAUCUACAUAAUGCAAAUAUAUUAUGGAGCAGCAGAGAUCCUGAAAAUUUAAAUAACAUAUUUGCUUGUGCUGUAGAACAUCGUCAAGAGGAAGUGGCACACUUUCUUUAUAAAUCUGCAAAGGAGGACAAAAGCAUACUUUUUACCAUCGAUGAAGAUAGAAAUAAUACAUUACAUCUAGCAGCAAAGUUAGCCCCGCAUUAUCAAUUAGGUUACAUCCAUGCUGCAGCUUUGCAGCUGCAGAAUGAACUACGUUGGUUCAAGGCCGUCAAAGAAAUUGUUCCACGAGCCUACAACGAAGGCAAAAAUAAAGACGAUGAAACCCCUUUGGAAGUGUUUGUUAAAGAACACAAGGAUUUGCUAAAAGAAGCAGACGAAUGGGCGAAGAAAACAGCAGAAUCUUCAACAGUCGUUGGUGCUCUUAUUAUUACAAUUAUGUUUGCAAUGGCUUUUACGGUUCCUGGUGGGAAUGAUCAAGGUACAGGAUUUCCCAUACUUUUGCACCGAACUCCGAUACCGUUUAUUGUUUUUAUGGUAUCAGACGCAAUUUCUCUUUUCGCUGCAUCCAAUUCAGUGUUACUCUUUUUGGGGAUUCUGACUUCACAUCAUUCUGAUGAAGAUUACCGCAAAUACUUACUCUUGAUUAUCGGCCUUACUUCACUCUUCAUCUCUAUUGCAACAAUGAUGAUAGCAUUUUGUGCUGCUCUUUUCAUUAUGCUACAAAGUCGAUUGGGGGUAGUCAUUCCUAUAACUCUGCUGGCUGGUAUUCCUGUCGCAUGCUUCGUGUGGUUGCAACUUCCUCUUCUAGCUGAGAUUUUGGUUGACUUUUAAGUUUUAACCCAAACAUCUUUGGUAGGAAAGAAAGAUCCUGGAUGAGAAUGACGGAUAUGUUCACUUUUGGGAUGAGCAGCUUGAGGCCUUGAGGACAGCGGUAAAAUUCUUGCAGUGUGUAGUGAUGCCAGUAAAUUAGUCACUUAAAUGAAUGUUCCUUUGAAUAAAUGAUUUUUUUUAUU